GCCGGGCAGUCCCGCACGGCGAUUGGCCGCGGGAGGCAGAGAGUAUAAAAGGCGGCCGGCGGUGGCGCGGCAGUCCGUCAGGGAAGCGGAGCCAUGGAGCUGGCGGGGAAGGUGGCGGUCCUGGUGCUGCUGGUCGGCCUGGUGGCCGCGGAUGAGCCCCCGAAGGUGGAGGUCUACUCCCGCAAACGGGCCGUAGUGGGGGAAGAAAACACCCUCAACUGCUUCGUGAGCGGUUUCCACCCCCCCAAAAUCGAAAUCACCCUCCUGAAGAAUAACCAGCCCAUGAGCGACGUCAAGUACGCGGACAUGUCCUUCAACGAGAAGUGGUAUUUCCAGCGCCUGGUCUACGUGCCCUUCACCCCCCAGAAGGGUGACACCUACGCCUGCAAAGUGGUCCAUUCUGCCCUGCCGGAGCCGCAGGUGUACCAAUGGGAGGCAGAUUUCUAAGCAGCAUCUGGCAUAAUCAUGGUCUUGCAAGUUUAAAUCUUCUUGAGCUUCUGUCCUUGACUCACUUUUUGGAUAUGAUGAAGAGAAGCAAUCGUCUUCCUUGUGGAAUUCCUUCUUUUUAUAAAGAUCAUCCAUCAUUUAUCAUUUAUCCAAAGCAAUAGGCGAACUAGGCUGCUUUUUUGUGAGCAUUGCUCACGUUGCUAGAGUUCACAUUAUGGAUCAUGACUGAGCACGUAGUUAAAAAUGUUCAUAUACUGAUUAAAAACAUCUGCAACUCUUUAAUGCUCUGAAUUGUACAGUAUUAUUAUCUAAAUAAAAUUGGAGGACUCAAGGGGGGUCCUUAAAACGUUUUUUCAGA